UGUCCAGAGGAGUUCGAGUAGUGCCUGAUCUUUUGGUUGGUAUCGAUCAUCAAGUGCAAAACGUGAUGUAUAUGUUAGGCAAAGACUCUCUUGAUGUACGGUUUGUCAUAAUACACGGAAUGGGUGGAAUCGGUAAGACAACUCUUGCCAAUAUUGUUUUCAACCAAAUCGCUUCUCAAUUUGAUGGUUGUAGCUUCCUGUCAGAUAUUCGAGAAUUAUCACAGCGGGGUAAAAUUGUGAAAUUGCAAAAAAGAUUAUUGUCUGACAUCCUCAAUUUCAAAUCCAUAGAGGUUCAUGAUACCGACUUUGGGAUCAACAUGAUUAGAGGGAGAUGUCGCCACAAGAAAGUUCUUAUUGUUCUUGAUAAUUUGGACAAAAGGGACCAGCUUGUGAUGCUUGCAGAAAAGUGCGAGUGGUUUGGUCCGGGAAGUAGAAUCAUUGUGACAACUAGGGAUAGCAGUAUUUUCACGAAUAAUGCCUCAAUACAUCCUAAAGAGUAUCACUUCUACGAGAUGGAGGAGAUGCAUCAUUCUUUUGCCAUUCAACUUUUCAGUAGGCAUGCAUUUAAGAGCGAUGCUCCUCCACGUGAAUAUGAUAAAAUAACAAGAGAAAUUGUGAAAAUCAUUGGUGGACUACCGCUAUCUCUUAAGGUCAUCGGAUCCUCACUUUACCGGAAAAGAGAUGAAGUAUGGCAUCAAGUAUUAGCCAAGCUGAAGAAAACGCCUCACAAAGAAGUUCGGGAGGUAUUGAAGGUAAGUUAUGACAUGUUGGAUUAUGAGCAGAAAGAAAUUUUCCUUGACAUUGCAUGUCACAUGGCUGGCGAACGAAUAGGCGACGCAAUUGCUAUGUGGUGGGCUUGUCAAUUUUAUCCAAAUGUAAACAUCCCAGUUCUUAUUAUUAAUUCUCUAAUGAAAAUGGAGAAUGACCACAUUUGGAUGCAUGACCAAUUCAGAGAUUUUGGGAGGGAACUUGUUCGUAGUGAGAGCUUCAAGCAUCCUGGAGAGCGUAGUAGAAUAUGGUGUACCACUGUAGCCAUGGAUGUUAUUCGAAAGAAACAGGGAACCAAAGAAAUAGUAGCACUCAAACUAGGGGGACAAUCUCAAGUGUGCAAUAUUUCAAGUGAAGACAUUUCAAGGCUGGUAAAUUUAAGGUUCCUUGAAUUGGAUGGAGGAAACUUUGUAGGGGACUUCCAAAAUCUCCUCUUUGAGCUAAAAUGGCUCUCUUGGCAAAAUUGUCCUUCAGAGUUCCAAGCUACAAACUUUUCUCCUAGCUAUCUAGUUGUCCUCAAAAUUUCAGAAUCUGAUAUUACAAAUGAUUGGGGUGGAUGGAGCCAAAUCAUGGGAGAAGGUAGAUUAAAAGCUCUGCAUCUCGUGAGUUGUAGAAGGUUGAUCAAGACGCCUAGCUUCUCUACAUGCUCGACUUUGGAGAGACUCGUUGUGAAGGAUUGUGAUAGGCUGGUUGAAAUUGACCCAUCCAUUACUAUGCUACAACAUUUGAAGCACUUGGAAAUUAAUGGGUGUAAUGGUUUGAGGGUGCUUAAAGGAGCUCCAACCACGCUCAAUCUAGGCACGGUACGUCAAUCAUGGCCAGACUCAUUGGGCCAUCUAAAGCGUCUAUCAACGCUAAGGAUGGAAAAGUUGGAACUCCUUGAACAUCCGAACUCAAUAGGAGACAUAUUUGGUCUUCAAGAGUUGUCUUUGAGUGAUUCAUUUGUGGAGUAACUUUCGAAGUCAAUUGGAAAACUGAAAUCUCUAGUUGAGUUGAAUAUAUCUCGUACGAACAUUAUAGAGCUGCCCGACUCGAUUGGAGAGCUUAAGAGAUUAGAGGUACUACUCAUGGAAUGCCGUAAACUAAGAAAGCUACCUAAGGCAAUAGGGAUGUUGGAGCAGCUUGAAUAUUAAGAAGUUGGCUGUUGCGGAUUUUUGGAGGGAGAAAUUCCAAGGGAAGUUGGGGCACUAUUAUCAUUGAAAAUCCUAGGCUUAGGAGAUACCCGUAUUUUUGAAGUGCUGCCAACUAUUAGUCAGCUUUCUCAACUUUAGGAUUUGGGUUUGCGUAAUUGUCAUGAGCUUCAACUGUUGCCGGAGCUUCCUACAAGUUUGACAUCUUUGGACAUCUCAUCUUCAUCUUUACAGAGGAUUCCGGAUCUGUCAAGCCCGACCAACUUAGAAUAUCUGGUUUUGUUUUAUCAUGAUCGUUUUAGAUAUCUUGACAUGCCUAAUGCACCACCAAACGCAUGCCAAGCUCAAGAUCUGUAGUGGAUUGGGAGGUUAACUAAGUUGACAUCUUUGAGAUUGGACCUCUCAGACAAGACCAUAUUGCCUACCGACUUUAGUACCCUUAUCGAACUCCGAAAUGGUGAAUUACCAGCCUCCUCCUUUCAAUCUCUCGAGUGGAUUCCCCCGGAAAUUGAGAUGUUGAGGUUCUUUGAUCUUGAGUCCACAGAUGGAUGGUCAUGCCGUCACACCUUCAGAAAUUUGUUCCUAAUAUAGGUAACCAGGUCAUGCUUGAUAGAAAUUCCAUUGGAUGUGCUUGGACAGUUGGAGAACCUUGGCCAAUUGCAUAUAUUGACCUGUCAACUCCUUGAGAGACUAUCUCACGUACAAAGCUUAACAAAGAUGGGGUAUUUGAGGGUUACUAAUUGCCCGGCGCUAGUUGAGAUUCAAGGCCUCGAGCAAUCAGAAUCACUGGAGAUUUUAUGCGUUGCUUCCUGCCCGUCCUUAAAAGAGCUACCGGAUCUUUCCGCCUUGCGUAACCCGGCAAUGUUGCAAUUAUCUCUUUGUGACUCGUUGGAAAGUUUGCCUAUUGUAGCGAAUACGGAAACAUGUCGUAUGAUUGUUUUCUCAUGCGGGAUGCUGCCUCAUGUUGUUUCAUAACCCUUGUCGCCUUUUGGA